AUGACAACCCGUAGAGCAUUUGCCCGCCAGGAGGAGUCUAAACUCCAAUUGGCUUUACAGGAACUAAAAGUAAGUAAGGAUUUGUGUGCUCAACUGCAUAGUGAAAGAGAGGAAAAUGAAAAAGAAUUAUUGACAAUAUUAAAAAGUAAUGACAAGUUAAAAGCUUCAUUGACACGGUUACAUAUAGAUUAUAGUGAUCUUUCAGAGGAGAGAGACAGAUUAAAAUCAAUAGUAGUUAGUUUUGAUGAGUGUGCGGUGGAGUAUGAACAGGCACUGAAGCGGAUCACCACACUGGAGUGCGAGCUGCGAGAUGCACAAAAAUAUAUCUCUGAGCUGGAAGAGAGUGCCCAUCAAGCAACAGCACUGCACACUCAUAGCUUGUUCGAAGAGUUAGUUGAGAACGCUCCAGAGUUGGUUGAUGUUACAAUUGAAAACCCAAAUAACAGUUCACUAUUGUCAAAAUUUAAUGUUUGUAAAUUAGAAUUGGAAAACCAGAGAUAUGAGUCUGACACACAAUUAUUAGAAUUACACAUAGCCCAGUUGCAAACUUCCUUAAGAAGUAUUACUGCAAAGUAUGAAAGUAGUGAGAAAAUGUUAAAUGAGUACCAACUGGAGAUGGAUGAACUACUAAAGUUAUCUAAGUAUAACUCUGAAAGAAGUACUUUAAACUACAAAAAAAGACAA